CCCGCCGCUCCGCCCUCUCGCCGCCGGCCCUCUCGGCUCCUUUCCGGGUCGGCCCGCAGUUUCAAGUUGCAGCGCAAGUUCGCUAGUGGCCUGAAGCCUCCUCGCGUCGGCCAGCCGGACUCCCGGAGUGCAUGGAGGUGGGCCCGCGGCCUCUGGGGCCUCGCAGCCUGCGCGCCCCGCGCCAUGGAGGGCGCCGAGCCCCGCGCUUGGCCCGAUCCUUGGGCCUGUACCGCCGAUGGCGGGCGCCCCGUGGAGGUGCAGCUGAACGGUGGCGCCCCUUGGGGCUUCACCCUGAAGGGCGGCCGCCAGCACGGCAAGCCGCUGGUCAUCACCAAGAAAAUCAUUCGGAGCCAAUGGAGACAGGGGAAGUAGACGGGGACGUUGAGGUCCCGCCCAACAAAGCCAGGGUCCUGCAGGGCCAUGAGUCUGAGGUCUUCAUCUGUGCCUGGAGUCCUGUCAGCGACCUCCUGGCCUCCGGGUCCAAAGAUUCGACUGCGCGGAUCUGGAACCUGAAUGGAAGCAGCAAUGGGGCGUCCACCCAGCUUGUGCUGCGGCACUGUAUCCGAGAAAAGGGGCAGGAUGUUCCCAGUAACAGAGACGUGACCUCGCUGGACUGGAAUAGCGAUGGGACGCUGUUAGCAACAGGCUCCUAUGAUGGUUUUGCAAGAAUCUGGAUGGAAGACGGUAAUCUGGCCAGAACCUUAGGCCAACGCAGAGGCCCCAUCUUUGCCUUGAAAUGGAACAAAAAGGGGAAUUACAUUGUGAGUGCUGGUGUGGACAAGACAGCAAUAAUCUGGGACGCCCACACGGGAGAAGCCAAACAGCAGUUUCUAUUUCAUUCUGCCCCCAUUCUCGAUGUGGACUGGCAGAAUAGCACGACCUUUGCCUCCUGUAGCACAGACAGGAACAUUCACGUCUGCAGACUCGGCUGCGACCUCCCCGUGAAGACCUUCCAAGGACACGCGAAUGAGGUUAAUGCCAUCAAGUGGAAUCCCUCUAGAAUGUUGCUAGCGUCCUGCUCGGAUGACAGUACAUUAAAGAUCUGGAGCAUGAAGCAGGACACGUGUGUCCAUGACCUGCAGGCUCACAGCAAAGAGGUGUAUACCAUCAAGUGGAGUCCGACCGGGCCAGCCACCAGCAACCCAAACGCCAACAUCAUGCUCGCAAGUGCUUCGUUCGAUUCCACUGUCCGGCUGUGGGACGUGGAGCGCGGCGUGUGCAUCCACACGCUCACCAAACACCAGGAACCUGUCAACAGUGUCGCUUUCAGCCCCGACGGCAAGUACCUGGCCAGCGGCUCCUUUGACAAGUGUGUGCACAUCUGGAAUACUCAGAGUGGGAGGCUCGUCCACAGCUACCGAGGCACUGGCAGCAUCUUCGAGGUCUGCUGGAACGCCCGAGGGGACAAAGUGGGCGCCAGCAUGUCUGAUGGCUCUGUGUGUGUUUUAGAUCUGCGAAAGUAGACGGAAUGUUGCAGGAAAGAGAAGAGAAUUCUAACCCACCAGCAGUUAGCGUGGGGUGGGGUGGGGGGAGGGGAGGGGGGUAUCCUGUCAGCUCCAAAACUGCGCGAGGAUGGCGCAUGGGCGUGGACUUUGAAGUCAGCUCCUCCUGGGCUGUGGGCGCCUGUAUCUUUCCUAGUUCUCGUCAAAUAGUUUUAAACACACACAGUUGCUUUAGAGGUGGGAGAGUGGUUUCCACCCGGGACAUCUGUUUGGAAAGCAUGACACCUCCAGUGGGAUGGUCCGCGUUUAAUUCCCACCCAGACAGGCUCCAAUGGCUGAGACGAGGGGGGAAAAAAAGCAAAGGAGAAGAAAAGCGAAAAAGGCUGUGAUAACCUGAAAGGGGUGGAAGAGCUCUCCCUGCGUGCUGCGUGUUGCCCUAACAAUUCGGACACUACGGUCGCCCUCGCCAAGGAUGUUCAGAGCCCAGCCCGUGCCGCUGAAAUGCGGGGCUUUGUGAUCCCGGCACGCGCCGUUUCGCACAACCUUCUUUGUCCAGUGGCUUUUCUGUCGGUUGGAAUCCUGUUGACUGGGCCUUCCGUCCACGAUGGGGCCUAUUCCCCUUCCUCGUUGCCUGCCCCUCCACCUUUUUCCUGCAUUCAGUGUGUCUUGAUUUGCUGUUGAUGCGGCCUUGGGGACACGAUGACAAAAUCUUUGCCAGACAGCUUUCUCGCCCCUCCCCUCUCCCCCUUCUCCUCCCCCUCCCCUGCGCCCCCUUUUCAUAUUUGUUUCAGAUCGAAGGUCUUGAGGGCACUUUUGGCGCAAAAUACGUGCUUUAUGUAGGAAGGCAAGGCAGAGGGACUUUUUACAGGAGGGGAAAAAAUGACUUAUAAAGAGCCCGGAGUGUUUUUUUGGGGGAAAUAUUUUUAUGUUAAAAUAAUUUUAAAAUCCUAAAAAGCCAUCAGACAGAGCUUUGUGUGGUUUCAUAUUUUAAAAGAUUCUAGGGAGCAUUCCCGUUGCCUUGGGCUGUGUGGCAGGUGGGAGGGCGCGGGGGGAGGAGGGGGACGGGGGCAGACCCGUGGACGCAGUGGGAUUUCCUCCGUGGAGGGAGAAGUCCAGCUCUUGGCUGGGGGACAAAGUGGGAUCUCCCUGGAAGUCCCCUCUGUAGCCCUGGGAGGGAACUGAAGAAGGGUGCGCUGUGACCACGAGGAGCCUGUCCCAAACCCACCGGUAUUGAGGAAGCCAUAGAAACAGAGGGCUCAGCGCUCGGCUGUGUGGCCUGUUCGUGGCACCUCGUUCACGGUCAGCCAUUGUCCGGAGCCACUGGGCGGGCCAGGCCUGGCACGGCUGACCCCUGGCGGGCAGGGACAGAAGUGAACGGGAAGGAAGGCCCUUGCAUCCGCAAGGUGAACUAAGGGUAGAGUGUCACCCAUCACCUCCACUGUCUCCAUCUUUCUCUGCCAAGAGACUAGAUUUUCUUUUUUUUUUAAUAAUGAACCUUUUUACUGUUUUUAAAAAAUUAAACAGGUGUUUGCGUUUCUACGGGCAUUUAUUUUCAUUGGAUGAGGUGGCCUUUGUGUGUCAGCCCCAACGCUGACCUGGUUUUGAAAGCAGUGGGAGAAGGGCCAUCACUUUCCCAGGGCAGAGCAGGGACAGGAAGGCGGCCAGGCAGGUUCAGCCGCUGCGGCCCAGCUACCAGACAAGAUGCUAUUCAGGCGCCGCGCCCAGCAGGCAUGUGAGCGUGACAGGAGAGACCUGGACUGUGCCGGACCUGUGGCAACAUCACCAGGCUCCGUGGAUCUUCCCCCAAAGUGCUGUUUCCGAGUUGGGUGUGUAAUUUGGGCUGUUGCUUGGCACUGCGCCAAGCGCAACGUCUAGAAAGUCACCCCUCAUCUUUGAAGGCAGCCGACACCUGGACCACGUUGACCAUUUCUGCCCUGAGAAAUCAUUAGGUUUGGGGCGCAGUGUGCGGAGGUGCAGACACCAUUGGACACCCCCACCCCCAACAGAAACGGGAAUCUGCAGAGCGUCACUCCCCAGGGCCGUGCCCCAUGACUGCCCUCCUCACAGCCCUUAAAGUAACGCCUGCGUGUUGGUGACCAAACGUGGCCUUGAUCUGAGCAGGCGGCCCAGGCCGAGGCUCCGGUGGUUUGCAGGGACCAGGGGCCGGCCCCGCAUGGGGAAGGUGGGAUGGCCGCGGGCCGCACGCCUGGGACGGGUUUCCUUCUGCCUGAGAUCCGUCAGGGGCGGGCGAGGUGCGCUUUGUCCCACAUAAGGCCUUCUUCGCUCUGGUUAUGUUCCUCUUUUUAAACUUGUUCCACCUUUUUUUUCAAAUCGUGUUUCUUGUCAAACGCGUUCCUCUGCCCUUCCCCAGGGUUUUGAGCUCUGGCUUCCGGGUGUGUAUUAUCUGUCAGAUGCGCCAGCCGCGGUUCCGUCAGGGCCUCCCGACCUGUCCGCCCACGUCCAUGUGUGUCGCCCACCCGCGCGCCCUCACUCCUUGGACAAGAACCACCUUGCACUUUGUAGCCCGUUUGCUUCGAUAGAAUCAACAGGCCCUGUUCAGGGUCUUGAAUAAAUGGCUCUAUUUUGAUGUGA